CUUGGGCUGCUCCCCUGCACCCUCGGGUUGGGCACUGAGAGCCACAGCCCUUGGGGGAGGGUACAGGUGAUAUGGUGGGAGACCCUGGGGUUGGGCCAACUGCAGGGAACUAUUGCGUGUUGGUGAAGAAGGUCCUGCUGUCACCCUGGCCAUGCCAUGGCAGGGAUGUAUGGGGCUGCAAUUACUCUCUGACCUCCCUGGUGUGCAAGAGCCGAGCCCUGGAAGCUCAGCAGGCAGCCGGCCCUGUGUGCAGGGGGCCAGUGCCUUGCCGUGCAGGAGACGGGCUGGGGGCGGUGGGUAUUUUGGGUGUUUGGUUGCAUCUGGUUCCUGCAGGGUGGAGGCUCUGCUGCACUUUUGAAGCACAUGGGGACACGCGCCCCCGCUAUCCCAUGACAGGCUGGGAAGGUGCUGGUGCUGCAGAGGCUCCCCUGGGAGGAAGCGGGCUGCUCAGCAGAUGUGAGGCUGCCAGCAGGAGCCCCAGUAGCUCAAAAUGGCUUUAAUUUGCAUCAGGGUCUGUCCUGAGAACAGCUCGAGCUCAGCUGCAGCGGUGGCAGGCCAGCACUUGCAGUGGGGAACAAAGAGCAGGACCUGGUGCUCAGGGAGCCAGGAGUGAGCAUGACUCACCCAGCAAGCUACGCCAAGCCUGCCUGGGGCAAGGCCCCCCUCGACCCAGUGGUCUGGGGGUCUGCACUGUCCCCAGCUCUCCAAGCCCUCCUGCAGCACCUGGCAGGUGCAGGCUGGGAUGCCCCCUACACCCCUCCUGCCACAUACGGGUCUUUCCAAGCGCUGCUGGCCCCACAUGGAGCGCAGCACUGCCAGGAUGCAGCAGGCAGCUCCUUGCUGACCCGUUUUUUCCCUGCCUGUGCCCCUCCCAUUCCUCAGAGGUCCUGGAGGAAGAUGCGAGCCCAGCUGUUCGCCGCCAGCCCCUCUGGCGUGGCCCGCAUGGAGAAGUUCGACGUGCGGGAUGAUGGCACAGCCCCGGAGAAGACGCCCCUGCAGCGCUGUGCCCGCCGGGUGAUCCGCCUCUCAGACUGCGUCUCCGUGGGCCCGGCGGGCACGGAGAACUGCCCUAAAGCCACCUCUGCCUUCUACCUCACCACCACGGAGAAGAGCUACGUGCUGGCAGCUGAGCAGCGGGAUGAGUGGAUUGCCCAGCUCUGCCAGCUGGCCUUCCAGGGUGCAAAAGAGACAGUGCCGAGUAGUGACAGGACCCAGCCCAGCCCCUCUGUCCCCAUGGAGGAGAACUCUCUCUACUCUUCCUGGCAGGAUUUGACCGAAUUCCUGGUGCUGGUGGUCCAGACAGACGCGUCCACCCGCUGUGGCCUGCAAGGGCAGUAUCUGCUCUCGGCCCUUCCCCAGAGCCUGACUCUGAAGGACCUGCAGUCCCGCCAGCCCCUGCUUACCUGGCCCUACCCCUUCCUCCGCAAGUUUGGCCAGGAUCAGGCUGUCUUCUCCUUUGAGGCUGGUCGCCGCAGUGACUCCGGCGAGGGAACCUUCACCUUCAGCACCCCACGGGCCCCUGAGCUCUGCCGGGCUGUGGCUGCUGCCAUUGCCUGCCAGCAGCAGGGCAAGGACACCCCAGACCCCAGACUCUUCUGCGUCCCAGACCCCCAGCUCUCUGCACAGGGCCUUGAACCCCAACCCUGGGGACCCGGGACAGACGAUCCCCAGCCCAGGCCAGGCCCGGGGGCGGCACAGCCUGCCUCCCAUGCCCCUGCCAGCCUCCUCCACUUCACCCCGCCGGACCCAGAGGGCUCGUGCCCCAUCGUCUACGCCUCCAUCGCACGGGGCCACCAGCCCCUCUUUGUGCCAGGGCAGCCGGGCUCUUGUGAGCCCUGGGCCGCGGGGAAGCCGCUCCCUGAGCAUCUCUAUGAGAACAUCUUCACCGCGGAACCGCUUCCAGUCGGGACACAGGAAGAGGAGGAGGAAGGGCAGUGGGAGCUGGGGUGCCGACAGGCGCCCGAGGGCCACAGCAGUGAGGGAGGACCCCUCUAUGACAACCGGGCCGCCCUGGCACAGCCCACCGGGGCCGCGGGCUGGGGGCGCGGGGGGCAGGAGGCGCUGCUGGGGCGCUCCAGGCACAAGCCUCAUAGCACCCUUCGGGCUAAGCUGGUGCGGCUGCUGAGCCGGGAGAGCGCCGGGGCGCGGGACUGGGCCUGA